CAAGGUUGUUUUUUCCUAUAAAAGCGAAUCGUAAAUAUCCUUCAGCAUCACUUGAACAGUUCAAGAAUCAACCAACACAAUGAACACCUUCGCUGUUGUCGCCAUCUUCGCUUUCUUGGCUUCUGCCAACGCCGGUUUAAUCGCCGCCCCCUCCGCCAAGAUCAUCCAAGGCCCCAGCAGCAGAACCACCGUCGUAGGCCCUGACGGCAGCGCCAUCUCCUCUGUCGCCCCUGGAGGCUCCAUCAUUGCCGAAGAUCAUGCCGGACUCGUAGCCCACGCUGCCCCCGUUGUUGCUGCCGCCCCCGUCGUAGCUCACACCGCUUACGCCGCCCCAGCCCUCGCUCACACCUCCUACGCCGCUUACGCCGCCCCAGCCCUCGCUCACACCUCCUACGCCGCUUACGCCGCCCCCGCCCUCGCUCACACCGCGUAUGCCGCCCCAGCUCUCACUCAUGCCGCCUAUGCUGCCCCCGCUGUCGCCUAUGGCGCCCAUGGAGUCGUUUCUCACAGCGCUGUUGACACUGUUGUUGCUGGACCUUCCGGAACUAUUGCCACCAGCAAGACUGUCCAUUCUCCAGCUGUUGUCGCACAUGCUGCCCCUGUAGCCUACGCUCAUCAUGGUCUUUACCUUUAUACAAAAAAUUGGGCGUGUGGUCAUCAAGGUUAUCAUUACAAUAUAAAAAGACAAACGUACACCAAAACGGCAUCAGUUGAUCGACUCGACUAUCGCCAAAUAUCCACCAUGAAAUCCUUCGCUGUUGUUGCUCUCUUCGCCCUCUUGGCUUGCGCCAGUGCCCAGAUCAUCCAAGGACCCAGCAGCAGGUCCACCGUUGUAGGUCCCGACGGUAGCGCCAUCUCCUCCGUUUCUCCGGGUGGUGCCGUAGUCGCUUCGCACCACGCCGGUGUUGUCGCUCACGCCGCUCCUGUAGUCGCCGCUGCUCCAGUAGUCGCUCACGCUGCCUACGCCGCCCCCGCUGUCGUUGCUCACCACGCUCCCCUCGCCUACGCUCAUCAUGGUGUCGUCGCUCAUCAUGGUUAUUACAUUUAGGAAUCUUAUUUAUGUGCCAUACGAAAAAUUGUUUGAAAUGAAAUAAAAAAAUGCAGAAAA